AUGCUGAUUGCGGUCAUCUUCACCCUUCUUUUCAGCGCCGUUUGGGUGGUUAGUGGUCAAGCUGGGCCUGGUGCACCAGUGGACCGAAGCCAGAGCCAGAGCCAGGGCCAAGGCGAGGUGCAGGCAGGAGAGAGCGUGUUCGGCUCUGGAUGUCGUUGGGAUCCAACGCAGAGCAACAUCGAGGAGGUGACGUUUACCUUUCGCACGGGCGAGGCGCCUCCCUCGACGUGGUUUGCAGACGUGCACAAUGCCAAUCAAGACGCCGAAGCGCAGGCCUCCAGGCUUCGACGCAGAGCCGAUCCGCCACCUCCACCACCUCAGCCGCAGCCGGCUCAAGGCGACAUCAAGGACGAAGGCAAGGUUGUUUCAUUGGAGGAACUGAGCCACGAGCCUGUGUUGGAUGCGUCCUACCACACGCGCUUGAUCGACGUGCUUACCUACCGUGCUCGAUACGGUACGUUUGGCAGCAGCCUCAACAGUGCCGGUUGCGCCCUUCCUGCUUUCAGCGAGCGACUGGCGCAUCUCGAGCGACAGGAACGCGAGAUUGUCAACAACUACACGCGAAUGCACAAGCACACUGCUGGACCCGACAACCGCCCCAACGCCAUGUUCUUCUGGGCUGGUCUGUCGAACUAUGACCCGAAUGUGCGUGCGGACCUCAUCCAGACCGUUGUCUUCUACGGCGAUGGAUGUGCGGCCAACCCGCGCGUGGGUCUAUGCGUCUACGCAGCCGAGUACAGCAACUUUCGCUACAACGCCGAGGACCACAUGUGCAUGGGCAGCGACAUGCCCGUCUUUUACCCGGUCGAUUCCCCCAUGACCGUCGUCUACCGCACGCAGAUGGGAUUCCGAACCCAGGAGUCGUGGAUCGACGACAAGAUGGUCAGCUACCUAAGGUCGGCAGGAGAUCAGGUCAUGAAUAGCUUUGUCAUUACGCAGGAGUGCAAGAACUGCACCUGGCCCGUCUCACCGCAGAUCUACUCGAACAUCGUGCUCAAGUUUACCACGCCAGAACCGCAUUUCGACCAGCUCGGGCUGUGCACCGGCGGCGCAAAGCUCAAAGCCCCGCCGAGAACGCUCGACGGCGGAAAGACCUGGGUGAUCGACGAGGUGUGGGUGCCUGCGGGAAAGCACCUUACCGUCAAGGGAGAGGCGAACCAGAACAUCGAUGCAGGCAACAAGGGCGACAAGAAGCAGCGUCAAGCGGGUCAGAAGGGUCAGCCCGAAAAGCAGGGUCAGCGCGGACAGCAGGGACAGCCCGGCCAGCAAGACCAACCCGGACAGCAUGGUCAACAGGGCCAGUCGGGCAAAGCCAAGCAGGGCCAACCUGGACAGCAGGGCAAGAAGCCCGGUCAAGGCGGCAACAAAGCCAGCGGCCAGCGCUAA